AUUUUUUGCACUCAGGUAGAUCGACAUUUAAAUACCCGUAUGCAAAUUUUUUACUGGGGAAAAAUGAAAAGCCGUAAUAUUUUCCCCGUAGCUGUAGAAUGAUUUCAUAAAUGAGUUAUUGGGUCCCUUCGUUUUUGUCACGUUCCCACGAUUUUUUGGCAGUUUCAUCUCUGAUAAGUAAGAAAGCACGUGAAAGCUGUUUAAGCAAGGUUUUACUAUUCUAUUGGACCAUGUUUUUGUCUGAGGGAUGAAAUGCUCUUCCUUCAUGAAGCAAGGAAUUUGUUUAUAUUCAUUUGGAUCGCUUCUUUUAGUGUACAUGUUAGCAAAACUAAAGGCAGUGAUGAUGAAGCACUACUGAGUUCGCUGGAAAGCCGUGGAAUCCGAUUCCUCGAGUACGCCACACUGCGCCAUGAUUCCAAAGCUUUCAGAGAUAGGUCCAAAAGAGAAGCAACGUCUUCGAAUGUGUUGCUGCCAAUCAAAAUGGGAUUUACAUACGCCGAGGAACACUAUGAAAUAGAACUUAACAAUCCGCAACCAAUUCUGCAUCCGUCCGCUGAGGUUCUUACUUUUAGAAAUGGAUCCGUCCAGCAAUGGUUAGGUGCUCAUCCAGACUGUUUUCUUACCGGAACUGUGACGUCACAUUCCGGAGUAGCAUCCUUAUCUUUCUGUGAUAAAAUUGUUGGUUUAGUGAAAACACGUAAACAUGCGCUGUACCUUGAGUCGAUCUCUGAAAUCGCUGAUAACGACAACCUGCAAAUCAUAAUCGGCCAACAGACCCAGGAUGAAAUUUCCAAUCAUGUAACAAAACGUUUGGAUGGGUAUAAAGGUGCUAGAACCAGACGGUCGGUGACACCACACAAUAUCACCAUAGAGAUGGCGGUGUACAUUGAUGCCGCCUACACACAGACCAUGCUGGUGACAGACUUCUCCAAGCGGCUGCAACACAUUCUUCUCAAGUAUUACGCUGUUCAGAUGGAAUGGUCCAGAGCCGACAUGCUUGAUUAUAAUGUACAAAUCGUACUAAAGAAAGUUCACUUCUUCGAGGAAAAUCUGGCAUGGUAUAACACAUCUACAAGUCUCCUUGGUAGCGUGCUCUACCAAUUCUGCAUGGCAACUACGGGUGAUGGGCCAUUCGAUAUACGAUACAUGCAUGUUGGUCUGACCAACCUGGACGUACUGGGGCGGGCCUACCAGAACUCUGUGUGUAACCCGACCUACAACUGUGCCGUAGACACGGCGACAAGCGCCGCCAGUUUUGCCGCCACGGCGCACGAAAUUGGACACCUGUUAGGAAUGUACCAUGAUGCUGAUAGGGGGUGUACCGGAAAUAACAUAGGGUUAAUGGGAGGAUUUGGUACCGGUUGGAGCUCUUGUAGCAAAGACGACAUGGCUGUUUUGUUAAACUCUGGAAAUAAAAACUGUUUAUGGGAAGAAAACAUUCCACUAGAAGAUGUUCCUGAAAGUAUUGCAAACAAAACUCUAAUCUCUGCGAUACCAGGUCAAAUAUAUUCUCCAGAUCAGGUCUGUGAGCUGAAAUAUGGAACCGGAUAUCAAUUCCGAAAAUAUCCAAAACUAGGGGUGUGUGUGCUAUACAGCUGUGCCAAUCACAACAGUGCUCAAAUAAAUUACGGUCAGAUGUUUCAAGAACGAACUUCUAUCUUUGGCAUGUAUUGUGAAAAAGAUAAGAUCUGCUUUAAGAUGGGCUGUGUCGAUGCAUCAACCGCCAAACUAACCAAUCUGGUAAAGCGUGAAGGUGGGUGGAGUCAAUGGGGGCACUGGACGGGGUGUACCAGAACAUGUGGGCGUGACAUCAACUACCGGAAACGGAAGUGUGACAAUCCAGCUCCUAUAAACUUAGAUGGUUGUGCUGGAGAAGCGUAUGAAGCGGGAAUCUGCAAUACACAGCCUUGCGCUAAAGACAGUUCUGAUGAGUUAACACUGAGAAAUCAGCGGGCAAGUGAGACGUGCAAGAGUCUAAGAGACAACAAUGUGAUCGACCCUGACCUCUACAACGAAACGGGGUCAAGGUACUCCGACACAGCCCAUGGUCAGUGCGAGGUGACCUGUGACCCCGCCCCCGGGCACACCAUUCCUACCUUCACAAGAUUCGGGUUUAUGCCGGACGGUGUGGCUUGUACUGGAGGAUCUGACCCCUGGGAUUUAUACAAUUGGCCUCGAAAUUCGGGGUCUCGCUAUCUGUGUUUGGAUGGUCUUUGCCAGAGAUUUGGUUGUGACAAUGAAUUGAAUGGGCAAGUUCUCGAUGAAUGUGGAGUAUGCGGGGGAGAUAACUCGACCUGUAUUGUCAUUGCUAACACUGACACCGAGCAACAGAACCAAGGCGAGCGUCGCACACUUGCCGUAUUGCCCGCGGGGACCUUCAACAUUCAGUUUUGGUUUCCAUACAAGGAGAUGGCAGACAACUACUUAGAGCUUUAUAGCAAACAUGGAAGCGUCAUCCUGGCGAGUAGAGUUCCAAGCUCCUGGGUCUGGGAUGCGAGAACAAGUCCAGUGGUUUUUGCCGGAACUGAGUGGUACUACUUCUUCUACGGCCAAUACCUGUACGCUAAAGGGCCACUGACAGAGUCCUGUGAAAUCAAGCUGUUUCAAUUUGGUGUUAACAACAACACUGGAGUCUCGUUUACUUAUUCGGAGCCUUUGGCAGUUAAGAACGAGUGUGGAUUUGAAUUGAACUUCUGUGAUUGGUCGAUUGAACAUUUCACCAGGAUAAAGUAUGGAUCAAACGUGUCCUCCGUUCCGAAUCAAGAUGAAAAGUUUGGAGAAUACUUCAUCCAUAUGUCUAGUGUAACCACUGACAAAACAGCCACCAUAACUAAGCAGAAUAUUCACGGAACCAGUUAUGACCAGUAUCUCUCCUUAAGUUAUCACGUCACCGGAAUAGGUUCUAAAAUUACAGUGUCGUUGCAUGGUGGUAUAAACACCAGUGUUUUGUGGAGUUCUCUAGAUUCGUCACAACUCGUGAUCAAUGAGUGGAAGUCUGCAACAGUUAAUAUUACCACUUUUGAAAAAUACGACAUACGCAUAACAUGUGAAACAAAGGUCCAACAUUCGGGAACAAUUUCUUUAGACGACCUUAAACUUUCUUAUUACGAAGAUUCAUAUUGUAACGAUGAAGAUUCAUGUGUCACGCCUUCCUUGGACCUUUCAACAUCAACUACAUUCGUGUCAACUACAAAAUCAACUUUCACAACCCCUUCAACCACAGUGAAAGAGGAUACAACAAACCCUGUAGCUUCCACCACUACAAAUUUGCAUGAAACAACAUCUAAAAUUAAAGAUAUAACUGAAACUACCACCUCUGGAUCUGAAACAGCACCUGUAAGCCCUACCAUAACCACAGAAUCAACUUCAUCAAUAACAACUUUAACAUCAACUAAAGCCACAUCUAUGCCAGAGAGCACAACAACUCUAUCGACUGGAAUCCCAACAACAACUGAGACAGGAACUGCGUCAUCAGAAACAACACCUAAGACUUCUGGAAAUACUACAACAGUUUCGCCAGUCAGUACAACAGAAACUGUGGACACGUCCAUAACAACAACAACGACGACAACAACUCCCGUUGUUACCGAAACUUCAACACAAAAGACAACAACAAAACUUACAACAUCGAAAGAAGGUACAUCGACCAGCACAACUGUCUCAGCUUCAACAGUUACGUCAUCAGAAGAAAUAACGACCGCUAAAUCUACACUAGAAUCUACUUUAAGUCCCACUACGUUUAAUUCUACGUCAUCAUCACUAAAAUCAACCACGCCAGUAUCUUUGAGUAGUACUACCACGAUCAGCGAUGCAGAUUCAUAUGGGAGAUAUAUGUUCAUGGGUCUUGCGAUUGCUGGUCCGUUUAUUCUGAUGCUGAUAGCUGUCGGGAUAUUUAUUUGUUGUCGCCGAUGUUCAAAGUGUUCACCAAAAGGGAAAAGUCAAGAGAAAUACCGAGUUUCCAAGCAAUUCGAUGGCAAUUCCAGUCAUAUCGAUGGAUCUUCCAAGCCGUUAAGUCCGCAGUUUUGGCCGGAUGUAGAUGAAAUCAAGAUCAACAUUACAAAUGAUUGUGAUAUUGAUUUGGGAUCAAAAUCAGAAAUUUAGUUCACUUUAAAGAAUCAUGACAUUGCAACGAACAAAGUUUAUUGCUAUGGUUCGUAGUAACAUGUUUGCUGUGUAUUGUUUUUUUUUUGUACUUUUAUAUAUGUUACAUUAAAAAUUAUUCUAA